AUGCGGUCAACUGCUGCUGCAGCGGGUGAGAAGCUGAGGCCGCUGGCUGCAGGCCUCAACCCACCCUGCCCCUGCCCCCUGAGGGGCGGCCUGGGGCCAGAGGGCCCCUGGAACCUGGAGCCCCCCAUCCCUGGGCGUCUCUCGGUGGCCUUCUGGCCGGGCAAGGAGCUCGGCACCGGGAAGAGACCCGGUGUCCAGCCCGAGGUGCACCACGUGGGCAUGGUGAGGGCACAUGGCUGGGGGCAGGAAACAGGAGCCCUGCUGUCGGGGCUGGAGCCCAGAUUCCCGCCCCCAGGGGCGGCGCAGCAAACACCCUGCAUCUGUCAUUGCCUGAACCCCCACACCCCUUUCAGAUACCCCCCCAACCGCCCCGCCAGCCCCAGGACGCAGAGAGGCUGGGCAGCGAGGACCCCAGGCCUGGUGGAGCUACGCUCUGGGCCGGGCAUGCUGUCCCAGAGGCCCCUACCUCCGGAGACACCAGCCAUGCUCUCCCUGCCUGGCCCCUCACCAUCCGGCCCGUCUACCCUUCUGCGCUCCGAGCCCGUCCCUGCCACCCCCUCCCGGGGUACCCUGGUGUAUGUCCAGCUCUGCGGGGCCCCUCACCAGGCGCCUCUCAGGACGGAGCUCUCCCGGCCACGACCCCCACCCCGUCUCCCGGGCCCCCCAGCCCGCCUUGGGGGUGACUUUCAGGACGGCCCUGCUGGACCUCCCUGCAGCGGGGAGGUGGCUGGGGGUGUGACCUGGGCUGGGGGGGACGGAGGCCAUGUCUGUGGGCCGGUGAAGGGGAGCUGUGUCCCCCGUGCUGCGGCCUGGUGGGGCCUGUGGAGAGGGUUUGGGGUGGAGGGUGUGGCACGGUGGCCGCAGGCUAAUCCUGAGGCUCCAGCCAGGACAGACAAGCGGGAAAAGGCAGGAAAAGGCGGGAGAAGGCGGGAGAAGGCGUGCUCCUGGAACACCCUUCAGCGUGCGCCCCCCCCAACUCCAGCCACAGGCCACCGCCUGGCCCCCAGCAGUGGUGGGGGUCCACAGUGCACCCCGACUUGCAGCUGGGACAGCUGCGUCCAAGUGGCCCCCGACAAGGAGCACACGGGGCCUGUGGAGAGCGCAGACACCCCCUUCCGGCCACCCCCUCCCCCGGCGUCCAGGGACUGCGGCUGCCGGCUCGGGCCGCCUCCCACGCUCCCUCCUCCAGCUGCAGCUGGGCCGGGCUGGGAACCGGGGCGCAGGGACUCCUGGGUCCCCCGCGGCUGGCCCCGGCCUCCUGGAACAGCCCCGGGUCCCCAGGGCAGGCAGGGGGUUCCUCCGAGGGAGGAAGAGGGGGGCCCACCCCUAACCCCCCUGGGGAAAGCGGAGGUCAGGGCCCUGCACCCUCGGCCAUGCCCAGCACCGCCCCGCCGGCCCCGGAGCAGGGACCCAGAGGCCGGCAGCGCCCGAAAUAGCCCUGACUGUCCAGGGAGGGGGCGCCUGCUGGUCUCCAGGCAGUUCCGGUCCCCUGGCAGCCACCACGGGCCACGGAGCCCGAGGCCCAUCCCUGGGGGCCGGGGGGGGCCGACCUCUGACCCGAAGGUCGGUUCAAGGGCAGAGGCUUUGGCUGGGGACCAGAACGAAGGACGGAAGCAGGGCGCACACGGCAUCCCAGCCUCUGAUUUUAGGCGAGCACUCCCUGCCUCCCCUCCCAGCACGGAGCCGUGGGGUGGGGGCUCCCCGCCUGGGGCCUGCUCCCACGGCUCGGACCCCGGGCCCGGCCCUGCACAGCCGAUCAACCCAGGAGCCCCCCAGAGCCCCCAGCACCAGGCCCUGCCAGGUGCCUCGGGGACCACAGCCCAGUCCCCUCGGGGGCAGCCAGGACACCGAGAGCCUAGGGCCUGCCCAGGAGCAGCUAGAGGGAGGCAGAAGCAGGACGGGAGCCCGGGCCCCCCACCCGCGCCACCCCUGCUGCCCGGGACCCACAACCGAAGCGGAAGCAGAGCCAGCACCGGGGGCAGGUGCCUCCUCCCCAGCCACACAACCCCGCAGGCUGGGGGUCCCUCGGCAAGGCCUCCCAGCACCCACCCCGAAUGGAGAAUCGUGUUGGGGACAGGGGCUGUGGGCCGGGCCCGAGAACCAGGAGCCCACCCACCCCUCCACGGGGACCCUCCGUGCACGUGGGAGCCGAGGAUGCACCAAGGACGUUCCCGCUCCCCUGGACUUCCCGGCCGGGGCCCGGGGGGCGGCUGGGUCUCUGCACUCCCAAGGGCGUCCCCCGUGGCCCAGGACCAGCCUCUGCUCAGGGGGCUGCAGGGUCGUCCUGAGCCCCCCGCACCCCUUCGCCUCUUCUUUAACUGUCUCCCUGCCAGCCUCCCGUGCCCUUCACUCAGGGGCGUCCUAAGAAAGGGGUCUCCAGGGGACAGCUGCACCCAACCAGGGAAGCCCGGUCCACCUGGUGGGCUGCCGAGCCCCCUGCCCACUUCCCACCCCUCGUGCCGCUGCGUUUGCUGUUUACUCCAGGGGGGCUGGGGGGAGAUGAGCCCCUGGCUCCACUGCUCCCAGCCGCCUCGGCAGCUCUCCAGCCCUCGGGUGCGCUCGGGGAGGUUGAGGGGUGGGGGUGAGAGGACCCGACUGGGAGCCGGGGCCCUGGGGUCCAGUCGCAGCUGCACCACCUGUUAG